GCGUUCACUCCAACUCGGUAGUGGGGCCGUCAAUUGUGGGAUACAUUCAGCCAGACUUGUUCCACUCUUUAGUUCAGUUUCGUUCUGGCUUGGGGGCGAGUGACUACCCUUUCUCACGCUCUGACACAACCCUUCGGCCGAGAUGUGCGGAAUUUUUGCCUAUCUUAACUACUUGACGCCCAAGUCCAGGAAGGAAAUUCUUGAGCUCCUUGUCAACGGUCUCAAGAGGCUUGAAUACCGAGGAUAUGAUUCUGCAGGAGUUGCAAUUGACAAUUCGAGUGGAAAGGAAAUUAGCAUUAUUAAAAAAACAGGAAAAGUCAAGGCUUUAGAAGAUGAGAUCCUUUCUCGUGAAGACAGUCUCAAUUUCGAUGGACUGGCCGAAACUCAUGUUGGGAUUGCCCACACUCGUUGGGCAACUCACGGAGUACCAUGUGAGCUCAAUGCUCAUCCACAAAGAUCAGACGAUGCGCAAUCUUUUGUUGUUGUCCACAACGGAAUUGUCACCAAUUACAAGGACAUAAAGGUUUUUCUCUCUAAAAAGGGCUACACCUUUGAAUCCGACACCGACACAGAAAUAAUCGCCAAACUUGUACACCAUAUUUACUCUCAGCACCAGAACUACUCUUUCCGUGAGAUCGUCGAACAGGCAAUCAGUCAGCUUGAAGGUGCUUUUGCACUUUGCUUCAAAAGCAAGCAUUUCCCUGGGGAGUGUGUAGCGACGAGGAGAGGAAGCCCGCUUUUAGUUGGAAUCAAAACUAAAACCAGACUUGCCACUGACCAUGUACCCAUUCUUUACAGCAAAGAAGAUAAUGUUGCUACAGACGACGUCCACAACCAUUCAGAUCAUAGACCCCAUGGACGUGAACUUCCACUUUUGCCGAGGUCGGAAUCAACCUCGGAGUUUCAACCCCUUGAGGAAAAAGAAGUUGAAUACUUCUUUGCUUCUGAUGCCUCUGCUGUCAUUGAACAUACAAAUCGUGUGAUAUUCCUUGAGGACGAUGAUGUGGCUGCAGUUAAAGAGGGCCUGCUCAGUAUCCAUCGACUUCGCAGGUCCUUAGACGAUCCACAUGCACGUGAAAUCACAACUAUUAAGAUGGAAAUUCAACAGAUCAUGAAAGGAAAUUACAGCUAUUUCAUGCAAAAGGAAAUUUUCGAACAGCCAGAAUCUGUUGUGAACACAAUGAGAGGAAGAGUUAACUUCGAAACUCAGAACAUUGUCCUCGGAGGAAUCAAAGAAUACAUUCCUGAAAUAAGAAGAUGCCGUCGAUUGAUGUUGAUUGGUUGUGGCACGUCUUACCACUCUGCUGUGGCAACUAGACAGCUCCUUGAAGAGCUAACCGAGCUGCCUGUUAUGGUUGAUCUAGCUUCUGAUUUCCUUGAUAGGAACACACCUGUUUUUAGGGAUGAUGUUUGCUUUUUUAUUUCCCAGUCAGGUGAAACUGCCGACUCUUUAAUGGCUCUAAGAUAUUGUAAGCAGAGGGGUGCAUUGAUUAUCGGGGUAACCAAUACAGUAGGAAGCUCCAUUUGUCGAGAAUCCCAUUGCGGCAUUCAUAUUAAUGCUGGCCCUGAGAUCGGUGUUGCUUCAACUAAAGCAUACACAUCACAGUUUAUUUCGCUUGUUAUGUUUGCAUUGGUGAUGUCUGAAGACAGGAUUUCCCUUCAGCCUAGGAGAGCUGAGAUCAUCAAAGGAUUGGAGAACUUGCAUGAACAAAUCAAAGAAGUUCUUAAAGUUGAUGAGCUAAUCCAAACACUCGCUAAAGACUUAUACCAGCACAAGAGUCUUCUCAUAAUGGGCAGAGGAUACAAUUUUGCCACUUGCAUGGAAGGAGCUUUAAAAGUCAAAGAAUUGACUUACAUGCAUAGCGAAGGUAUUCUGGCAGGAGAACUCAAGCAUGGACCUCUGGCGCUUGUUGACAAAGAUAUGCCCAUCAUUCUCAUUGUUACACGAGACCCUGUUUAUCAGAAAUGUAUGAAUGCACUUCAACAAAUCACGGCCAGAGAUGGUAGGCCAAUUGUGAUCUGUGAAAAAGGAGAUACGGAAACCCAGAGUUUCGCUUCUCGAAUAAUUGAAGUACCACACACUGUCGAUUGCCUUCAGGGGAUACUAACUGUAAUUCCAAUGCAACUGCUCUCUUUCCACCUUGCCGUGCUGAGAGGCUGUAACGUCGACUGUCCCCGUAACUUGGCCAAAUCUGUUACUGUGGAAUAAACCUAUAUCAGGCCUGUGUGAUCAACGGUAAAAAUGUGCCACAAAACAGAAAUUAAAAAAAUAUUUUUUUUUUUACACAUUCCUUACAGAACAUUCAUAUUUUGUACAAUAUUGUUGUUGUUUCUUUUGAUUAAAAACUAAACUUGUAUUGGAUAUUUUAUAAAAUAAAAACUGGGACCAGACAGUCUUUUUAUAGCUACUUGUUGUGCCUAAAAAUGACAAAAAUGUUAAUUAUUUGUUUGUUUAAAUUUUAUUAUAUUAAAUUCAGCAUUUAUGUGCCUU